GGGCGCUACCUUAGUUUCACUUUCAGAACAAGUUUCACCUUCGUUGCGCUUUGCAAUGGCUAAGAAAUCACUAACGACGGAUGAUCUUCAUUUGGUUGUGAAAGAGGAAAAUGUUCUACUGCAACGGAGGUUGUCUUCUGGAGAUCAACCACAAAAUGUAUACCCAGGAGUUGUGAAGUUUCUCCUGGGUAGAGCAGACGCUUCUGAUAUUUUCCCUGAUUGUUCGACUUCGAAAUGCUCCACAUCCAACAGUGAAUGUCGACAUAGAAUUUGUAUUACAGAAGUGGCCCCAUCCCACAGUAGUUUUAUUGGCAAUGAUAAAGGAGAAGACUGGAAGCUGUCUAUUAGUGAGUUUUCUUCUAAGAAGUAUGGGAAAAGCAGCAGAGAUCUUCCAAAGCGCAUCAGAACUUUCUACAAGAACCAGGAUGAAGUGAUAACUGCCUUUGAGGAUUUUCAUUUUGGUGUUGAUGAUGCUAUGGAGCAUGCUGAAGAGGAGGAAGAAAAACGGAAAAAGGCUAAUAUACUUGCAAAGGUUUCCCUUGCUGCCAAUGUGUGCCUUUUAAUAGCAAAGUUAGUUGCAGCAAUUUUGUCAGGUUCCAUUUCCAUAAUCUCAAGUUUAGUGGAUAGUGUAGUGGAUCUGUCUUCAGGAAUUGUGAUAGCAGUCACAGAGAGGGCCAUGAGAAAGCGGGAUUUAUACGAAUAUCCUCAAGGUCGUACAAAGUUAGAACCGAUAUCCAUUGUUAUACUGUCUGUGAUAAUGAGUCUGGCCUCCAUUCAGCUCAUUGUAGAAAGUGCAGAGAAAAUGGUGGGAUUAGCAACAGGGAAGGAGAGUCACCCUGAUGUUGAUGUGGUCACAAUUGUGAUUGUGUGCUCAACUGUAGCAGUCAAGAUUGUUCUUUUUCUGGUGUGUAGGAGAGUGAAAUCACCUUCUGUUGAUGCCUUGUCUAAAGAUCACAGGAACGAUGUCCUCUCCAACAUAGUCGCCAUCGUUUUUGGCUACAUAGGUUCCAAGAAUAUGUAUGAACAGUACAGGGUUUCAGAAUUGGUGUAUCUAGAUCCUGUUGGAGCCAUCCUGAUAUCUCUGUACAUCCUGUUUGGCUGGUGGUCCACUGGUUAUGGACAAAUCAAGAUGUUGACUGGACACACAGCAAAGCCUGAUUUCCUACAGAAAUUAACCUGGAUUUGUGUAAAUCAUCACCCAAAACUUCAGUAUGUAGACACAGUCCGUGCAUUUCACUUUGGAGUGAACUUCCUAGUGGAGGUGGAUAUAGUGUUGCCGGAGGAUAUGACAUUAAAAGAAGCUCAUGAUAUUGGUGAACCUUUGCAGCACAAACUAGAACGGUUGCCUGAAGUAGAAAGAGCUUUUGUGCAUUUGGAUUAUGAGUUUGAACAUCGGCCAUCUGAUGAACAUAAACAAGUGUGAUGAAACUGUACGCACCAGAAAGCACAAAAUCAAAAUGUAUAAAGAGAAUCUCGUGUUUAUUUUUAACAGUCUACUAAUUUUGAUACAGUAUAGGCAGUUCUAAUUAUAGUUCACUGUUUAAGACAUCCUUUAUUAUAGGCAGUUCUAAUUAUAAUUAACUGUUUGAGACAUCCUUUAUUAUCUAGGCAGUUUUAAUUAUAGUAUAGUUUGAGACAUUCUUUAUUAUAGGCAGUUCUAAUUAUUAUAGUAUACUGUUUGAGACAUCCUUUAUUACAGGCAGUUCUAAUUAUAGUAACUGUAUAAUAUUACUGUUUGAGACAUCCUUUAUUAUAGGCAGUUUUAACUUUAUAGUGCCGGUAUACUAUUUGAGACAUCCUUUAUUAUAUAGCAGACUUAAUGUAUGCUGGCUAUUUUCAUGUAUGCCAUACAUACAGCUCGGUGGAGUCUUGUACCCGGUUAAUUGCAGACCAGCCCACGUAUAGAAAUCCGCGGAAUUAUGACAACCAACCCACGAAUAGAAAUUCGCGGAAUUAUGACAACCAACCCACGAAUAGAAAUUCGCGGAAUUAUGACUCCGUGGAAAUACAUCCACAGUAGAUAUAAUUUAGAGGGAGCAGGUAGUCCUUUACUAAAAUUGUAAAUUUCAUGAUCCCAGGGGUAGGGGUUUUGGUACCAGGGUUAGGCCAAAAUUAUUGUAGUGACUAUUGUUUUCAUCAUUGAAAUACUUCUUUUCAAACUUCAGUGAUACUGAUUGCAUAAUUAGGAGAAAUGGUUGUACGAAAAUUAUGAAUUUUAUAAUCCCAGGGUUAUGACUCUACAGCUGGUCCAAAAUAGUCAGAAAGUGUUAAUAUGAUAUAUUGUUAUAUGGUGUAAAGUCUUUCAUCAGCAUGGGCAAUUUAAGGGGCAUUUUUGUUUUAAGAACACAUCUUGUUUUAUACUGCUGCUGAAUAUCAGAAUUAAAUUGGAUAUGCAGAAGAAGAAA